GCGUCCCGAAGGCCGGCGCGCAUGAGCAACCCGUACACGGUCCUCGGCGUCGAGCGAAACGCGUCCGAGAAGGAGAUCUCCAAGGCAUACAAGCGGGCGGCGCUCAAGUGGCACCCCGACAAGAACACCGAGCGGCCGGAGCUCGCCGAGAAGAAGUUCAAGGAGAUCUCCGACGCCUUUCAGCUGCUGAAUGACCCCGACAAGCGCGCCUUCUUCGAUCGGACCGGCCAGCGCCCCGACCAGCAGCCGCAGAUGCGCCGCCGCCCGCAGUAUGGCGGCGCGCAGCAGGUGUACGCCGACGAGCUGACGCCGGAGGACAUCUUCAACAUGUUUUUCGGCGUGCCUCCCGGCGCCGGGCGGGCAGGCGCCCGCCGCAGAACAACCGGCGGGGGAGGAGGCGCCGCCGCCAGCGCCGCCGCCCCCCUCACUACCGCCGCCGUUGCCGCCUCCCCCAAACCGCCUCCAUCUCGCCCUCGCCGCCGCCUCGCGCCGCCAGGGCCAGCUGUCGCACGCCGCAGACCGUGCGGCGGGCUUGACUCGUCCGUUGGAGUGGCGGCUCAGGCGGCGGCGGGCAGCCGAUGCAGCUCAGCCUCGCGCAGCUGGCGCCGGUCCUCAUGCUGAUGGCCUUCUCCCUCCUCUCGCCGAUCUUGUUUGGAG